AUGCAGUGCCUAGCGGCCGCUCUUAAGGACGAAACCAACAUGAGUGGGGGAGGGGAGCAGGCCGACAUACUGCCGGCCAACUACGUGGUCAAGGAUCGCUGGAAGGUGCUGAAAAAGAUCGGGGGCGGGGGCUUUGGUGAGAUCUACGAGGCCAUGGACCUGCUGACCAGGGAGAAUGUGGCCCUCAAGGUGGAGUCAGCCCAGCAGCCCAAGCAGGUCCUCAAGAUGGAGGUGGCCGUGCUCAAAAAGCUGCAAGGGAAAAGCCACGUGUGCAGGUUCAUUGGCUGUGGAAUGGAGGGGCUGGGCUUGUCAAACUUUGCCAUGGGCAGGCUGCCCUCCACCUACAGAAAGUGCUACAUGUUGGACUUCGGGCUGGCCCGGCAGUACACCAACACCACGGGGGAUGUUCGGCCCCCUCGGAAUGUGGCCGGGUUUCGAGGGACUGUUCGUUAUGCCUCAGUCAAUGCCCACAAGAACCGGGAGAUGGGCCGCCACGAUGACCUGUGGUCCCUUUUCUACAUGCUGGUAGAGUUUGCAGUGGGGCAGCUGCCCUGGAGAAAGAUCAAGGACAAGGAGCAGGUAGGGAUGAUCAAGGAGAAGUAUGAGCACCGGAUGCUGCUGAAGCACAUGCCCUCUGAGUUCCACCUCUUUCUGGACCACAUUGCCAGCCUCGACUACUUCACCAAGCCCGAUUACCAGGUGGGAGCCUACCACCUGGUCCCUGCACCCCCAGACAACAGCAUGAAGGAACGGGGCAUCGCUGAGAAUGAGGCCUUUGACUGGGAGAAGGCGGGCACCGAUGCCCUCCUGUCCACAAGCACCUCCACUCCACCCCAGCAGAACACGCGGCAGACGGCAGCCAUGUUCGGGGUGGUCAACGUGACGCCAGUGCCCGGGGACCUGCUCCGGGAGAACACCGAGGACGUGCUGCAGGGCGAGCACCUGAGUGACCAGGAGAACGCACCCCCAAUCUUGCCUGGGCGGCCCCCUGAGGGGCUGGGUCCCAGCCCCCACCUUGCCCCCCACCCCGGGGGUCCUGAGGCUGAAGUCUGGGAGGAGACGGAUGUCAACCGGAACAAACUCCGGAUCAACAUCGGCAAAACCCCUUGUGUGGUGGAAGAGGAGCAGAGCCGAGGUGUGGGGGUCCCCAGCUCCCCGGUGCGUGCCCCUCCAGACUCACCGACAACCCCAGUCCGUUCUCUUCGCUACCGGAGGGUCAACAGCCCUGAGUCUGAGAGGCUUUCCACAGCGGAUGGGCGGGUGGAACUGCAUGAGAGGAGGUCACGAAUGGAUCUGCCCGGCUCACCCUCGCGCCAAGCCUGCUCUUCGCAGCCGGCCCAGAUGCUCUCAGUGGACACAGGCCACGCCGAUCGGCAGGCCAGCGGCCGCAUGGACGUGUCAGCCUCCGUGGAGCAGGAGGCCCUUAGCAACGCCUUCCGCUCAGUGCCGCUGGCCGAGGAGGAGGACUUUGACAGCAAGGAGUGGGUCAUCAUUGACAAGGAGACAGAGCUCAAGGACUUCCCCCCGGGGGCCGAGCCCAGCACAUCGGGCACCACGGACGAGGAGCCCGAGGAGCUGCGGCCGCUGCCCGAGGAGGGCGAGGAGCGGCGGCGGCCAGGGGCAGAGCCCGCCGUCAGGCCCCGGGGACGAGGCAUGCAGACGCUGGCUGAGGAGGACCCUCGGCAGAUUCCAACCCAGCCCCUACCACCCCAGCUGAGCCAAGCUGAUGGCCGGUCAGAGACGUCGCAGCCCCCCACGCCCGGCAGCCCUUCCCACUCGCCCCUGCACUCGGGACCCCGGCCUCGACGGAGAGAGUCCGAUCCCACAGGCCCGCAGAGACAGGUGUUCUCCGUGGCAUCCCCGUUUGAGGUCAAUGGUCUCCCACGAGCUGUGCCUCUGAGCCUGCCCUACCAGGACUUCAAGAAAGACCUCUCUGAUUACCGAGAACGGGCUCGGUUGCUCAACAGGGUCCGGAGGGUGGGAUUCUCCCACAUGCUGCUCACCACCUCCCAGGUCCCACUGGCUCCUGUUCAGCCUCAAGCUAAUGGGAAGGAGGAGGAGGAGGAGGAGGAGGAGGAGGAAGAGGAGGAAGAGGAGGAGGAAGAGGAGGAGGAGGAAGAAGAGGAGGAGGAGGAGGAAGAAGAGGAGGAGGAGGAGGAAGAAGAGGAGGAGGAGGAGGAGGAGGAGGAAGAGGAGGAGGAGGCAGUGGCUCUAGGGGAGGUGCUGGGGCCUCGCAGUGGCUCCAGCAGUGAUGGGAGUGAGAGGAGCACUGACCGGAGCCAAGAGGGUGCCCCUUCCACGCUGCUGGCUGAUGACCAGAAGGAGUCCAGGGGCCGGGCCUCCAUGGCCGACGGGGACCUGGAGCCUGAGGAGGGCUCCAAAACGCUGGUGCUCGUCUCCCCUGGCGACAUGAAGAAGUCGCCCGUCACUGCCGACCUGGCCCCUGACCCUGACCUGGGGACUCUGGCUGCCCUCACUCCUCAGCAAGAGCGGCCCCAGCCCACCGGCAGCCAGCUGGACGUGUCUGAGCCAGGCACCCUGUCCUCUGUCCUCAAGUCUGAGCCCAAGCCCCCUGGGCUGGGAACAGGGCCAGGGGCUGGGGCAGUGACCACAGGGGCAGGAGGAGUGGCAGUCACCUCCUCACCCUUCACCAAAGUUGAGAGGACCUUUGUGCACAUUGCAGAGAAAACCCACCUCAAUGUCAUGUCUUCCGGUGGACAAGCCUCCCGGUCUGAGGAGCUGGGUGCUGGGGGUGAGCUGGGCCUGGAGGCACCCUCUGACGGGAGGGUUGUGGAGGAGGGGGCCUCCGUGCCCCUGGAGAAUGGCAUCGCCCAGUCAGGGCUGGAGAGCUGUGUUCUGUCUGGACCCCCGAUGGAUAGCCCCUUGGAGGUGGCCACAGACUCACUGCCCAAUGGCCCAGCCCUUGUUAACGGGCCAGCUCCAGCAUCCCCGCUGGAGCCAGGCCCAGAGAAACUGGCCACUGUCUCCCCCAGCCGCCAUGCCAUGCCAGGCCCUCGCCCCAGGAGCCGGAUCCCUGUCCUGCUGUCUGAGGAGGACACAGGUUCGGAGCCCUCGGGCUCACUGUCGGCCAAAGAGCGGUGGGGCAAGAGGGCCCGACCACAGCAGGACCUGGCACGGCUGGUGAUGGAGAAGAGGCAGGGCCGCCUGCUGCUGCGGCUGGCCUCUGGGGCCUCGUCCUCCUCCAGUGAGGAGCAGCGCCGUGCCUCUGAGACGCUCUCAGGCACGGGCUCAGAGGAGGACACGCCUGCCUCGGAGCCUGCCGCCCCCAGGAAGGCAGGGCGGGCAGCUACCACCCGGAGCCGGAUUCCCCGCCCCAUCAGCAUCCGCAUGCCCACGCCUGCUGCAGCCCAGCAGUCCCCUGGCAGACCCCACAGCGCUGCCCCCGCAUCUGACACAGCCAUCACCAGCAGGCUCCAGCUGCAGAAGCCCCCAGGGUCGGCCGUUGCUGCUGACCUCCGCCCCAAACAGCCCCCCGGCCGUGGCCCGGGCCCAGGGCGAGCCCCAGCCGGCACCAGGCCCCCCGCCCCGCGAAGUCCAGGCCCCUCCACCUCCGCCGCGCCACGCCAGCCCAGCGCGUCCCCCCGGAGCCAGUCCCUGUCCCGCAAAGAGAGCUCCUCUCCCUCGCACCAGGCCCGGCCCGCAGGUCCCCCGCCCCGGGGCGCCCCGCAGGCCCGGGCCCAGCCUGAUGGUACCCCCUCCCCGGGGGGCCCCAAGAAAGGACCCAGAGGGAAACUCCAGACUCAGCGCGCAGCAACCAAAGGCCGGGCGGGGGUCGCGGAGGGCCGGGCCGGGGCCAGAUAA